UCGGUUCAUCUUGCCUACUUCAUUAUGUUGGCAAGAACCACUCCAGAGCUCCUUAACUUCUGCGCUCUCCACCUCUCCCGGCCCAGGCAGCACCUAGUUGAGCUCUGCACGGAGUUCUGGCAAUAUCACACCUCCUAGGGACAACCCGGAGAACUCUGGCUUUUGCUGAGCUGUGUGUCUUACCUCCUUCCUUCCAAAGGCUUCAGACCCAGGCUUUGCUCUGCUCAAGCCCUGAAUGCUCCUGGCCAGGCAUCAAACUGUCCCUCCAGCCCUAUCCAGCCCUAGAACACACCUCCAGGACCCGGAACCUGCCCUCCUGCUCAGGAUGACUCACCAUUAUUCCCAGCUCAACUGAGAAGAUGUGACAGGGAGCUGAGCCGCCUAUCUGUGUAUCUAGGAUUCCUGUAGCAUCUGAUCAGCUCUUCAAGGAACCUCAGGCUCCUGCCUGGCCAGCCAAGCGAGGCUGUGUCUCCAGCUCUCAGAGGGCUCUGGGGCUCUCCUGCAGGAGCACAGCCUGAUGCUUCUGCGUUCCCUCGGGCCCAGUUACCAGCACCCUGAGCUCCCUGCUGCAAGCAGCCGGACAGACGGCAUAGAGUAAAGCACACUUCUCAGCCCCAAUUAUGACAGUGGCUACCGGAGACCCAGUGGAUGAGGCUGCUGCCCUCCCUGGGCACCCACAGGACACCUAUGACCCAGAGGCAGACCACGAGUGCUGUGAGAGAGUAGUGAUCAACAUCUCAGGCCUGAGGUUUGAGACUCAGCUAAAGACCUUAGCCCAGUUUCCAGAGACCCUCUUAGGGGACCCCAAGAAGCGGAUGAGGUACUUCGACCCCCUCCGAAAUGAGUACUUUUUUGAUCGCAACCGCCCUAGCUUCGAUGCCAUCUUGUACUACUACCAGUCUGGGGGCAGGUUGAGGCGUCCUGUGAAUGUGCCCUUAGAUAUCUUCUCUGAAGAAAUCCGGUUUUAUGAGCUAGGAGAAGAAGCAAUGGAGAUGUUCCGGGAGGACGAAGGCUACAUCAAGGAAGAAGAACGUCCUCUGCCCGAAAAUGAGUUUCAGAGACAGGUGUGGCUUCUCUUUGAAUAUCCUGAGAGUUCAGGGCCUGCCAGGAUUAUAGCCAUUGUAUCUGUCAUGGUCAUUCUGAUCUCCAUUGUCAGCUUCUGUCUGGAAACCUUGCCCAUCUUCCGGGAUGAGAAUGAGGACAUGCAUGGUGGUGGGGUGACCUUCCACACCUACUCCAACAGCACCAUCGGGUACCAGCAGUCCACCUCUUUCACCGACCCUUUCUUCAUCGUAGAGACUCUCUGCAUCAUCUGGUUCUCCUUUGAGUUUCUGGUGAGAUUCUUUGCCUGCCCCAGCAAAGCUGGCUUCUUCACCAACAUCAUGAACAUCAUUGACAUUGUGGCUAUCAUACCUUACUUUAUCACCCUGGGGACGGAGUUGGCUGAGAAGCCGGAGGACGCCCAGCAAGGCCAGCAGGCCAUGUCACUGGCCAUUCUCCGUGUCAUCCGGUUGGUAAGAGUCUUUAGGAUUUUCAAGUUGUCCAGACAUUCCAAAGGUCUGCAGAUUCUAGGUCAAACCCUCAAAGCCAGCAUGAGGGAACUGGGCCUUCUGAUAUUCUUCCUCUUCAUCGGGGUCAUCCUCUUCUCUAGUGCUGUCUAUUUUGCAGAAGCUGACGAGCGAGAGUCCCAGUUUCCCAGCAUCCCGGAUGCUUUCUGGUGGGCAGUCGUCUCCAUGACAACUGUAGGCUAUGGUGACAUGGUUCCAACUACCAUUGGGGGAAAGAUAGUGGGUUCCCUGUGUGCAAUUGCAGGUGUGUUAACCAUUGCCUUACCAGUCCCUGUCAUAGUGUCUAACUUCAACUACUUCUACCACCGGGAGACAGAGGGAGAGGAGCAGGCCCAGUACUUGCAAGUGACAAGCUGUCCAAAGAUCCCGUCCUCCCCUGACCUAAAGAAAAGUAGAAGUGCCUCUACCAUAAGUAAGUCAGAUUACAUGGAGAUCCAGGAGGGAGUGAACAAUAGUAAUGAGGACUUUAGAGAGGAGAACUUAAAAACAGCCAACUGCACAUUGGCUAACACAAACUAUGUGAAUAUUACCAAAAUGUUAACUGAUGUCUGAGGAAGCCUAUUAAUGUACUCACAGCUCAGCAGGACGAAUGCAGAUGUUGCAUAAUAGCCUGCAUUGUAGUCAGUGUCCUACAGUGUGCAUCUGGUUCUGCAUGGAAAGCAAUAGUCGUGCAAGUGACUUUUGACCUUUUGAUUUUCGAUUUAGAACACAGAAUAUUUAUCAAUGGCUUUUAUGAAAUCUUCAUCACUGACGUACAGGUUUCCAAAGAUGGGAGUCACCUAUGGAGCUAGCAUCUCAUUGGCACAGUGCCGCCCCCUCAUAGCCAGCACACAAUCCGUCCUAUCAACACCAUCCUAACACCCAAACUAAAGGCAAACACACCUGGCAGGUGCCUUCUCCCUGCCACACCCUACCACCCCACUUCAGCCCACCCACCCCUGCACAGAGGAGCACUACCUUGGCUUAGUUUGAAAGUUCUGGUGACUACUCCAAAGGUCAUUCCCAUUUUUGCCUUGAAAAGAACACACAGUCCUAUGUGUUGGAAUUACUUUGUGUGUCACAGGCUGGGGUUUGUAGAUUGCAGUUGCCAACUAGAUGCUCCGGAGGCUUAUGUUUUGUAAUGGAGAUGCAGCAUUCUGCUUUUUCUCUGCAGUGUUGGCGUGGGGGAAGCCCAGGGGGUGGGGGAGGGACGGUUAAUAUGACCAAAUAUGAGUUGUCAAGUUUUAUAUUUGUUCCCUUAGGCCUAUGGGGAGAAGCUACCGAAUUCGGGGACUUCUCAGCUUCAGAUACCAUUUUCGCAAGCUUCAGGGUCACAGAACAUGUUCGAUUUCUUCCCUUACUCUGGAGUUUGCAGACAUCUGCUUUCCCGAUGGUGUAGCCCUGCUCCACUCCAGUGCAGUGGAGUGUACCAGUCAUGCAAUAGAGCUGCAUGGGUGUUCACUGCAUGAAUCUCAAUAUUUAAAACACAGAAGAUAACCUAUCUUCCUAGUAGCCUAUACAGUAUUCAUAUGUAGAGUAUUAAUAGCCUUGGGAUGGUAUUGACCUAUGCUUUUUUUCCCAUCAGAAGGCAAAAGCCCUCCAUCAGGGAAAAGAAAAUAGACUAUUUGGAAUGGGGAACCAAAACUUCCGGCUGGCCUUCCAGCCCACCCAUCUCUGUUCUUUCAAUGGGAGCAAAGACUCUGCCACACCAGGAGAAUGAACAGAAAAGUCAGAGUCUAAACACUCACGUGACUGAAAAGUAGGUAAUUAAUCCAGUCAUGGGUAUGACUACAAAGUUUACCAGGACAUUGAUCCUGAGGACAGGCAGAUCUAUGGGUUCAAUGUACAUAAAUAUAUAUCAGCUAUCUAUCUUUCUCUCUCAUGUGUUCCUCUAGUAAGCUAUAGAAAAUUGCAUUUGAACAUUGUAUAAGCUUAUGCAAUAUUUUGACACAGGGCAAUUUAUGCAUGUGUUUGACUAUGUGCACUAGAAUAUAUAUAUACAAGUGUGUGUAUAUGUACAUUAUACACACACACAUAAACACACAUAUAUAUAUUCAUUCUCUGGAGUGCAGAUUCAGGAGCAAAUCCAUUGCUUGGUGGGUUGGUUGUAUAAGAAGCCCUAUGGGUACGUUAAAACCCACUGAACCUGGGUUUGCUGUCAUUGGCUCAGACACACUCCAGUGUUCAUGGAUUCCUAGACAUUAGAAUUGUCUUUCUGCCCUCCAUGUGCUGCAGCUUCAGUUUCCCAUGGCUGAAGCUUGUCUUACUGAGUGCAGUGCACAAGGGUCCUAUAGCCCUCACAGCUCCAGCUAUCCUGGGUCAGGCCCACCCCAGGCCUCCUCUCUACAAUUCAUCCCAUUAAUCAUUUCCAUUAUUAUCCUCUCCCCCAUUUGAUUCUCUCUCAUUUGCCUCUGCAUCCAUCAUUUUCAUGAACCUGUCCCUAGGAUGGAUCCUCUGCUUUGAAACCAAGGAAUAAAACUCCUUGGGAGCAGAUUCUGCUGAUCUGGACUUAAAGGAAGCCUCCUAUUGGUGGAAAUUUCCAAAUUCUGGAACCAAGGGAUGGAUUCCCUACACAGCCCAAAGCAUCAUUUUCAUUACUAAACUCAGACUCUCUCCCUAGCACACUGGUAGUAAGAGCUGCCCUUUAAAAAAUAAGAGUUGUCCCACCUCAAAGAGACGUGCUUGACUUUGAUGACUCCCCAUGGGAAAGCCUUACCCUCUCUGAGGAAUGGAUGGGGGUGAAGGGGGAAGGUAAAGGGAGCAGGAGGAAGGGAGAAAGUAGGAGCUGAGAUUGGUAUGUAAAAUUUCAAUUAAAUAAUAAUAAUAAAGGAAUUACCCCCACCCCCAAGAACAGGUAAAGAAUAAAUGAACACUGUAGAGCCUCAAUGUAGAGAAUGUAUUGGCCUUAGAAAGUGGGGGACAGCUUGUGCCUCUUCAUGCUACUUUUCUUUGUCUUUUGACACAGUGGCUUAAAUUCCCCAAACACAACAAAUCAUAAUCAGACUGUUCAGAAUUGAUUCCAGCCCAGUCAUCACUGUUCACUAGUUGGUACCUACAGUUGUCUUAGGAGAGGGGGGGCACCAGCCCAGGGUGCUAGUCCAGGGUGCUCAUUAGUUCCUGGUCACCCACAUCCCCAGAGGAUCCCACGCCAGACACAAAGCCUCCGUGCUUCUCUUCUUCUCCUUUGUGGGAGGUGGUGCUGAACUUCAUAACGUGGGGUGGGAGGGACAUACUGGAGGGUAGAAAGUUAAAGCAACCCAUACAGAAGUCUAGGUAAGGGGAAGUUACCUAUUCACAAAAUCCUUGGCCUGGCAACCAUAAAAUGUGCACACGCAUGCAUCAUAAAAUAAACGAUACGUCAUUGUCACACAAAAAUAUAAAAUAUGCAACAUAUACGCAAAAUACCCAUAGGCCAAAAUAAUAUAAACAGUAUACAAAUAAGAGAUCUACAAAACAAACACAUCGCCUAAACGUAGAAUGUGCAUACCAACAGAGAAUAUCUGCAAGAAAUAUAUUUAGCCUGUGUGCAAACACACAGCAUACAACUCAUAUGCAAAAUACACAAAUCCAACUGGGGGGACAAUGGAUAUACAUCAAAAUGCAUAAAUGAUGUUUUGUCAUUGUUUCUUCAUACGAGCUCAGCAGGUAUACGUAAUGCACAGAGUUAUACUAGAUACACACAAAAAGCAGUACCCAUGCCCAACAAUACACACAAAAUUUAGACAUUGAAUCACUAAUCAUGUGUACACUUCCACAUCUAAAAUGUGAUGGACAAAGGCAAGGGAUCAGAUUUAAUUGCUUUUCCUUGCCUAUAUCAAUAACCCUCAACAUUCUCCAAGGAGCCUCUUCUUUGACAUCCAGCCUCAUUCUUGAGACAGGACUCCUGAGGUUUCAAGCAGAAAGAUGGGCCACUACAUCAAGCACUGAAAUCUCCUGGGUUGGCUACCAUUCACCUUCUUUCAAACAGCACUCAGAGUGUAGGGUGUGUGGAAUGACCUGCAAGAACUAGCAACCUAAUAUGGGCUUCCAUGAUGUUCCUUUUCUUUCAGAGAAAAUCCACACAGAUGACUCAGUCUCCCCUCCAAGUAGCCACAAUCUCUGGGUUUAUCCCUAUUCUCUUGAAACAGUGAUGGCUCAAGAAACUAUAGGGUUCUGGACCCUAAGCCUGGUUGAAAUGCCCCAACAUUCUUUGAGCCAAAAGAUCUUAUUACCCAGCCUUCCAAAGUACCUCUUUGUCUGGAGCCACGUCAGAAACUUGAUCCUCUAUAUGGACUUAGCUCCUAAAAUGAGACACCUUUUCUUGCUCAUGGCAUUUCACUCACUCUUGGGCACAAAUCCAAUAAAUCAACUCUUGAUCGCCA